AAAUAUUUAUUGUUUGUAUAGCAGUGCGUAAUAUGGUGCUUCACGAUCUUAUUUUUCACCUGCUGCUUCCAAUAAAGUAUCGCCGUCUUGCUGUAGCCAUUUUCAAGUCAAGUUUACUUUUCUUCAUCGAUAAGGGAGGAGCAGCCGCAUAAAAGCUGCUAUGUGCAUCAGCUUGAAUAUUGAAACACCGUCGAGAAUUUGUUAUUAGCAUGUAGGAUUGACCUGCUGAUUUGUGCACCUGUGUUGUUUUCUUUUGGAAUAGGAACCAUUAAGUAUACAAUCGACGAGCCAGUGCCAGACAGAACAAUGGAAGAAACCAUUGACGCCAUGAAGACAGCAGCACGCACAGGGGCAAUUGUUCAAGGCAUAAAAGGUCCCACUCCAUUAAAGAAUAUGCCACACUUUGAUAUAGUCUGGGGUUUCACGCCGGAUUACAUGCAUUGUGUGUUGCUGGGAGUUGCACGCCAGUUGACAGGACUGUGGCUCUCCAGUGUGGGCCAGCCCUACUACAUUGGGAGGCCAGCACUUCUGAAUGCGGUAGACAAGCGGCUGUGCAACAUCACGCCACCAUUGUGUUUCAGACUGCAGCAUACCCUUUCCUUGCGCAAGUAUUGGAAGGCUUCAGUGUGGCAGCAGUGGCUGUUGUGGUUUUCGCUGCCUUGUUUAGAUGGCAUUUUGCCUAUCGAGUAUCUCAAGCACUUCACUUUGCUUAUUAGAGGAGUAUCCCUACUGCUAAUGGACAAUGUUAGCAGCACUGAUGUCAGUGAGAGCGCUAGCCUACUAGUGAAGUUUGUAGUAGGUGUGCAGUUUAUUUAUGGAGAAAAAGAAAUGAAAUUUAAUGUACACCAGCUUUUGCACUUGCCCAACAGUGUGACACUGCAGGGACCACUUUGGUCACAUUCCUGCUUUGUAUUCGAAUCAAACAUUGGGCAUGUGAAGGAGCUAGUCACAUCUGCAAAAGGAGUGCCAAUCCAAAUUGUGGAACGGCUGUUGAUGGCUAGCUCUUUUGCUAGUCUUAAAGCAUCAACUCUCCCUCAGACUAGAGAAUUUUUAACCAAAGGGAAUGCAGCAAAAUGUGCGGCAGUUGUUUUAUUGAUUGGCAAGCCACGAAAAGUACUGCAGCCAGUUUUAAAUUUGUUAAUGAAUCAUAUUGGCUGCAUGAUAGUCGGUCCCAUUGUGGAACAUGACAAAGCUGCAGUGGCUCGAUAUGUUUUCCACAGCAAACAGUAUAAAAUACCAAGCAAAACAGACUGCACUGCUGCAAUGCUACCUCCAGGGGCAUGUGUAAUAAUUUCUCACAUCCUUGGUUAUCAGCUGCUAUCAGCUGCUAUCUACAGCUGA